AUGUGUCCGAUCCUUAUUGGCGACAGGUGCGAUUGCCCUUCCGGAAGCUCCGUUCGGUUCGACGACGGGGAGUUGGUCUUGAAGUGCAUCAUUGGCAAGUCUGCAGGAUUUGGCGUGGGUGUCGGCUUCAAGGCGAAGCCAGGACUGCCAUUCGGCCCGAAGAAGCUCGGCAAGCUACAGCUCCCCGGUGAGAUCUUCGAGGAGAAGAAGGCAGAGGUCAAGCAGGCUUUCAAACCGACCAAGGGUGGCUUGAAGAACAAGAUGUCGGGAGCUCCCAGCGGAUCUUGCGAGACAAGCAUCGACAUGGCCAUCGAGGGCCAUGUGCAGAAUGCCCUGACCUUUGAAAUGAGCACCAGCGGCCCAAAAUCCACGAUCAGCAUCUCAGGCGCGAUCGGUGUCUCCUUGGAUGGGAUGAUCAAGGCUCAGGGCAGCUGCAAGCUCACAGCCGAGAAGCGCUUUCCGAAGGUACCCAAGAAGAAGAUCGUUUGCUACAAAGCGUUCUGCAUCAUCAUAAUGGUGCAGAUGGUCGCGCAGCUCGAGGUCAGUGGAGUCCUAACAGGCACCGUCGAGCUGGGUGCGGAGGUGGGAUUCGACAUCUCAGGCUCCGUCACGCUCGACAAGACCACGGGCAAAGCCACCGCGGAGUUCAAGGCUCCAUCCGUCGACCGCCAGGCGGCUUUUGCCAUGGGGGCCAGUGCCUUCGGCUCCGUGCGCCUGGGGGCCGGACCCUUCAUCGUGAUCUUUCCGGUGCCGGGCGCGCCCGUGAACUUCAACCCGAUGCUCAAUUUGGAGCUCAGGGCGCAAGGCGACAUCAAGUAUGGACCUGCCGGCCUCUUCCUCAUCCAGGAGCCUGAAGCUUCGCCUCCAUCAAACAUCAGCUUGGUGGCGGAGAGUGAGACAUACCAGGACGCUGUUUCGUCCAAGAGCACCUCCGGCGGCUCAUCGAUGCUGAAGAUGUGUGCUGCCGCAGCGCUGAAUAUCUACAUCGACACCGGCAUCACAGCCUUUGGAUUCCCGGUGGGUUUCGACUUCAGUUUCACUCCCCGGGACAUCAUCAAGGAACUCAUGAAUUCCAUGAUGGAAAGCGGGAUGAUGGCGUUCAAGGCCUUGACCGCCGUCGCGGGUUGCGUCCCGGGACUCAGCCAAAUCAGCAAGGUGGCCGAGAAGGGCCUGCAGAAAGCAGCCGAGACAGCCGCAAACAAACUCACCUCCAUAAUCCCGGACCUGAAUCUCAACUUGGCCGGCGGCAAGCCCGUCGCGCUGGCUGUGGACAAAGUCUUCUGUGUGGAAGCAUACACGACACCUGGCUUUUCAACUUCUCCGUGUGCGCGAGAGCUUGGAUGCAAGCAUGUAGGCAGGCUGCCUUCAUCCGACGCUGAGAUUACGAGAAUUCUGCCAAAAAAAGAAGCAAUGCCGAGCGUGAAACAGUGGAUCGACAAGCAGCAGUUGAUCCAUGAGCUCGGACUGGGCGAAAACUUCAUCGAGUUGGGCAACUUCCGCCUGGGAGCCAUAGACAACGAUCACUUCUCGAUUUCCCAUUGCGCCGGCAACACGGCCAACACAAAGUAUGAACCCUGGCAGAUGGCGGGAGGAGGCGUGACCAUCGAACCUGACUGGAUGGCAUGUCAGCAGAGAUGCAAAAGUGUCUCGGGCUGCGCGCAUUUCACUUUCUGGCCGAGUGGUAACUGCCGCUUGCAGAGCAGUGCAGCGACCAUCUCGGAUGAUGCCUGGAGUGGCAUCACAGGCCCGCCCAGUCACUCCCAGGCGUGCCAAACAAUUCAGAUCUGGCGCGCCGACGGCACCAACCACUACGGCCCAAGAACCGAUUGGGGCGCCUGGCGCGACGUACAUGGCCACCUACGGCCGCGGACGGCCAGCGGUCACUCUGUCGGCAUCCACUUCGGCUUCGAGUUCAUACAGAUUGGGCAAUUCCGGCUGGGUGCUGCCGACGAUACUCACUUCUCGAUUUCGCACAGCAAUGGCAACACCAUCGAGAUCUUCAGAGAUGAUGGCCACAUAAGCUCCCACGACGUAACGCGAAAGGAAUUCGGAACCUGGGAUCGUUCUGUUGGAGCGCCGACGGGCAUUAGCUACGGCGACAGAUUCCUCCAGCUGGGCGACUUUCGGAUUGCAGACGAAGAUGGCCUGCGCUUCGUCAUCUCGAACGUCAAAACGAAGACGAGUAUCCAGGUCUUUGACGGCAGUGACGGAAGAACGCAUCCUACCAAAAAAAGCUACACCACGAACUUCGAUCGGGCACCAGCACACUACACUGUCAAAGACAUCGGUGUAACCGCGUUUGGACCUUGUGAUCCCGAGUUUGCGGCUUUUGGAGAUCGGUUCAUCCAACUAGGCAACUGGCGCAUGGGGAUCUUCGACGACCGUCACUUCACCAUCGCUCACAAGGAUGGGAAGACUUCCGAGAUCUUGACAUCGGACGGAGUGGUACAUGCAAGCUUCCCCAGCUCCGUUUUUCACACCUGGAACAGGCCUCUCGGGUAUCCCUCGGGCAUCGCCUUCGGACAUGAGUUCAUACAGAUGGGAAACUGGCGUGUGGCGGCUAUGGAUGACCAUCUCAGCAUCUCGCAUAAGGAUGGCCAGACGCCGAAAUUCUACUCGUCUACGGGGCACAUCACUCAUGGCCCGACGACAGCGCACAAUGCGUGGUCAAGGCCCAUCGGACCUGCCUCAGGCGUCACCUUUGGCGAUCGAUUCAUACAGAUCGGCAAAUUCCGAAUCGGUGACGCUGAUGGACUCCAUCUCGCCACUACCUACCUCUCCGGCGUCCCUGGUGGAACCCCUCUCUUCCUGCACGCACAUUGGGGCUGGUGUGGCACCAUCAACAAGCACGUGCACCUGGCAUUUGGUUGGACAUAUUCAUAUAGAGCAAAUGUGGGCAUAGGUAUACAUCUAUACGGUUAUACGUUGAAGGCCUAG